CAUUCCUUUGGUAUAUAAGCAGCUUGUUUUGUCUGGGGUUGUUCAGAGUUUGUGGUGUCCCCGUUGCUUUAUUGGGCCUUUUGUUGGUUGGCUAAAGAGACUAUCACCAUGGCGAUAUUGACCAUCAUUGUGCUUGUCAGCACAGCUUUUGCUCUGGGAGAUGCUAUGAUACGACCCUGUGAGGAUGCUAGAGAUGCCGCUAAACAUGGCCCACCUGGAGCCUACGUCCCCACGUGUGACGACAAUGGACAAUACACCCCUGAGCAAUGUUCGGGCUCUACAGGUUACUGUUGGUGUGUGACCAGCUACGGACAGAAGAUCCAGGGUACAGAGACCCCACCAGGCACUGCUAUCAACUGCUAGCAACUGUUCCCCCAAGGAACUGAUUCACAUUCCAUACAAAUAAAUACAUGACGGAAUCCAGAGAUUAAACUGUAUUUACUUACUUUAUUGUUGGUGUGAUAUGCUGAACAAUUUAUCUGAACCAGUCCAUUUCUGGGAAAUAGAGGAAGGAGUAGGACUGUAUUACCACCACAGCGGCGGUUACAGGACAUGAAGACAGUCAAAUUCCACGUGACCAUGUAGUAGUUAGGCUUCUCCAAGCUCUGAUGCUGGUGAUGGUCAUUAGUAGCCUGGUACUCAGCACUCUAUUGUCCCUCUAAUCACUCUGACAAAAGUUGGACAGCCGUUAAGGGGGUUGUGGGGUUAGUUUACACAGGCAAGGCCUUUUUAAUGCCUAUGGCUCUUGGGUCCAUGAUAUGGGGCAUCAGCUUACUCAGUGACACCCACAGAACACAAUUGAAAGAGUUUACAAAUAUUAGCAUCCUAACUCUGAUUGGAGGACUUGGACUGUGGAAUCAAAUCUGUCAGUAUUUCCUUUGUGGAUUUGUCUUUAUAUGGCAGCUUUCAUUCUCUAUAGACAUCAACAUGUCAUUCCAAUAUAUACAGGAGUUCAGCAGAGUCCACAAUCAGAACCAUGCUACUCUGAGGCUGAAGAAUUGUUCCAGGCCACUGAGGGAUGAAAGACCCCUUUACUGAAUCUACAUCUUCACAUUUCACUAAAUCAUUGCGUUGUUUGCUUCAUGCAUUCUAUCAUCCUGUAAAAUAAAUGACAUGCUCUUCGUCA